CUGCCGCCGGUCCCUGCACGGCAACAGGCGGGAGGGAUUUCCCUGCUCGUCGCCUCUCUGUCUUCCCCAUUCAAAACAGCCUCCAAUCAGUCACAACUAGCAACUUUUUUUUUUUUUCUCCUCUUAUUUCCACAGGCGCGCCCAUCUAUCAGCAGUCUGCUCCGAAGCCAAAGUGCGGCGCAGAAACUUUAAAGCAUCUCUAACAGGAGGAUUUUAUUUGAUUUUGAUCAGAGUGCAGUGAAAGGAAGAAUUAGGACUACGCACACAGAUUCCAACUGAUGAGGCAGCCUCCAAAUGACGUCGAGAUGGCUUGUGGCACGCUUCUCCCAUCUAUUUCCACGUUUGCCAGCGGUCCAACUGACAAGAGCAGAUCUAUAGGAGGUGCCUAUUUGAAAUGGAAGGAGGAGUUGUCCCAUCUUAAGAGAUCCGGUGUGCCAGAGAGAACCAGCUGCUGCGACCCAGACCACCCUACUGCCACCAGCAUUGCAAGCACCAGCAUGUCCAAGAAGGAUACCGAGCCCGAUCUUGACUUGGACUAUGAUUUUAUUCUAUCCAACUCCAUCCUGCAGCAGCAGCAGCAACAACAACAACAACAGCAGGAGGAGGCCAUGGGAUGCAGCUCUGCUCAGGCCAUGUCUUCUUCUCCAGGUUCCUUUACCUCGUCUUACCAGCUACCCUCACCUCAAGACAGCAGCGAGCUGCUCUACACCAUCCCAGACAUUAACGAUGUUUCACCCUCAGGAGGUUUCGUGGCAGAACUCAUGAGGCCCGAUUUGGACCCAGCAUACCUCCACCUAUCUAGCCUUCAUGGCAAGUUUGUCGUCAAGACAACAAUGGACAUGGGAGAGUACAGCCAAAGCAUGAACAUUGGCAAGGCGUGCGUGGUUACAGCGGCGGAGUCCGCUCCGACGCGGGUCUCACCGUCCUUCGUGUGCAGCCGGAUAAAGCAGGAGAACCCCAGUAACUGCACCAUCUCACAGCCCAUGGACCUACAUCUGGCAGGGGUGAACUCUCAUGGUCGUGCCAGUCAGCAACAGCGUCCCAGCAACUUGGAUCUUCAUGGGUUUCCAGGCAAUGGGAGGCCAGUGACGGGCACUAGGUUAUCGUCAUCCUCUUCCCUUUCUCCAGACAACCCUCUGAGUCGGGAGCACCAGCUGGGACACCCUCUCUCUCAGAUCCCUCUACCUCCACAGGGGUACCACCAUGGUACCUCUCAGGGCUUCUCUUCCUACCCUCAGGGGUCCUCCAUGCAGUACCAAGAGGGCCUAAUCAUCUCCAGCGGGGAGUGUUUGCCUGAGGAGCCAAAGCCCAAACGAGGUCGGCGCUCCUGGCCGAGAAAAAGGGUGGCGACUCACACGUGCGACUACGUCGGCUGUGGGAAAACGUACACAAAGAGCUCCCACCUGAAAGCACACCACCGCACACACACAGGGGAGAAGCCAUACCACUGCGACUGGGAGGGCUGCGGGUGGAAGUUUGCACGUUCUGAUGAGCUCACUCGCCACUACCGGAAACACACGGGUCAUCGGCCGUUCCAGUGCCAGAAAUGCGACCGAGCCUUUUCCAGGUCGGACCACCUAGCUCUGCACAUGAAGAGACACUUAUGAGAUGAGGACAAAACGACAAAGGCUGAAGGCUCUCUGAUACACGUUUGAAGAAUCCUGAUCAAACACUUUUUGUUACCAAAACUUGCCUUUAAGCUGAUGUCGGGCAACAAGACACGCCGUGGUGUUCAUGGCACAAAGAAAAAACAUUACUCCUUUAAAAGCGUCUCUCAUGUUGUGCAGGUGAUCUGACAAGGCCUCUCAGCCAAGGUUGUAAAACUUUAUUAAGGGACCAAAACUGGAAUUUGUCUUAUUUAACCGACAAAACUUGGUGGACCAGGUGCCAGCGGCUUUUAACUGGAAAAUUCAGGGAAACCAGGAGCAACAGACAAAACAUCUCCAGAGGCCUUCUAGCAGCGAGCAACAUGCCAUUGCAGAAUCUACUCCUAAUACACACUGUUAAAAACAAACUGUAUUAAUAAACACAAAGAUAUUUAUCGUCCCAUUUCACCUGCAAAAGCCAUUUAUUUUCAGGUACAAUUUAAUAUAUACAGAAUGGUGCUGAGUAACACGGAAGGUUUCUUUAAGGAAUAAAAAGGUACCAAAGAUGAUAUAAAGUCAA